AUGGGACAACAAGGAAGUCGAAUAAAAGUUACAGAGUCCGAUAAGGCAAUGUUGCAACUGAAGAUGGCUAAAGAUGAGUUACAUAGAUAUUCUCGUCGUACUGAAAAUUUGAUAGGGGUCGAAAGAGCUGAGUUAAGGACUCUUUGCAUUAAACUUAAGGGGAAGCAAUUGAAACAGGAUAAUCGUGCGAGAUUGUUGUUAAAGCGGAUACAUUAUCAGGAACGAUUAUUGGAACAGUGUUCUGAUCAGAUAAUAAAUUUGGAGACAAUGGUCCAAUCCAUUGAAUUUAAACUAAUAGAAAAGAAAUUUAUCGAUGGACUACAGAAGGGAAAUCAAUUGUUAAAGAAGCUUAACGUUGAGUUGAAUCUAGAGAAAGUAGAGAGUAUUAUGGAUACUGCUGCAGAACAGAUAGAAAUUCAAAGAGAGAUAGACGAUGCUUUAUCAAACGCGGUUGUCGGAUCUACGAUAAAUGAUGAAGUUGAUAGAGAAUUGGAACAGUUAGACCGUGAGGUUAACGGUACCAAGGAGACUGCACCUGGUGUGCAAGAUAGACUGGAUCAACUCCCAUCAACAAAGGAAUUGGGAGAACUCAAGGCUUCGGAACCAGAAAAGGAAAAUGGAGAGUCCCAAAAGGAAACUCCAAAAGAAGAACCACUAUUAGCAUGA